AUGCCGGUCCGCAAUCACUCAAGGCCCGCCCUCACUCCCGUCAAACUCUCUCUCCCGUCGCGCUCUCACUCCCAUCGCUCUCUCACUCCCACAACGCUCUCACUCCCGUCGCUCUUUACUCCCGUCGCUCUCUCACUCCCGUCGCGCUCUCACUCCCGUCGCUCUCUCACUCCCGUCGCGCUCUCACUCCCGUCGCUCUCUCACUCCCGUCGCUCUCUCACUCCCGUCGCGCUCUCACUCCCGUCGCGCUCUCACUCCCGUCGCUCUCUCACUCCUGUCGCGCUCUCACUCCCGCCGCGCUCUCACUCCCGUCGCUCUCUCACUCCCGUCGCGCUCUCACUACCGUCGCUCUCUCACUUCCGUCGCGCUCUCACUCCCUUCGCUCUCUCGCUUCCGUCGCGCUCUCACUUCCGUCGCUCUCUCGGUGACUGUCGCGCUCUCACUCCCGUCACCCACGCACGUCGCUCGCACAUGUCGCUCACACGUGACACACACGACUCACUAGCACAUGUCGCUCAUAUCUGCUCCUCUCCCCCUCUUCCCCCUUUGCGCCCUUCCCCGUUUCUCCUCUUACCAUCUUCUUCUGUCACUCACACACGUCACACACGACAUGCUCACACAUGUUCCCAUCUCCCCUCUCCUCCCUUUCCCUCUCCGCUCCUCUCCUCCCUUCCCUCUCUUUCCCCCUCCUUCCCUUCUGUGUCUUCGCCUCGCCGCCCCUCCCACUCAUCCCCUCUCCUUCCUUUCCCUCUCGUCUUUUCUCCUUCCUUCCAUCUGUCCAUUCUCUUUCCUCCUUCCUUACUCACUCCCGGGGGCGGGAGGGGGGCAGGAGGGGGAUGGGAGGGGGGAUGGGAGGGGGGGGCGGGAGGGUGGAUGGGAGGGGGAUGGGAGGGGGAUGGGAGGGGGAUGGGAGGGGGAUGGGAGAUUGAUGGGAGGGUGAUGGGAGGGGGAUGGGAGGGGGGAUGGGAGGGGGGAUGGGAGGGGGAUGGGAGGGGGAUGGGAGGGGGGAUGAGAGGGGGGCGGGAGGGUGGAUGGGAGGGGGAUGGGAGGGGGGCGGGAGGGGGGAUGGGAGGGGGAUGGGAGGGGGGCGGGAGGGGGAUGGGAGGGGGAUGGGAGGGGGAUGGGAGGGGGAUGGGAGGGGGAUGGGAGGGGGGUGGGAGGCGGAUGGGAGGGGGAUGGGAGGGGGAUGGGAGGGGGAUGGGAGGGGGAUGGGAGGGGGGAUGGGAGGGGGAUGGGUGGGGGGUGGGAGGGCGAUGGGAGGAGGGCGGGAGGGUGGAUGGGAGGGGGAUGGGAGGGGGAUGGAGGGGGAUGGGAGGGGGAUGGGAGGGGGAUGGGAGGGGGAUGGGAGGGGGGUGGGAAGGGGGUGGGAGGGGGAUGGGAGGGGGGUGGGAGGGGGAUGGGAGGGGGAUGGGAGGGGGAUGGGAGGGGGAUGGGAGGUUGAUGGGAGGGGGGGUGGGAGGGGGGAUGGUAGGGGGAUGGGAGGGGGAUGGGAGGGGGAUGGGAGGGGAUGGGAUGGGGAUGGGAGGGGGACAGGAGGGGGAUGGGAGGGGGAUGGGAGGGCGAUGGGAGGGGGAUGGGAAGGGGAUGGGAAAGGGAUGGGAGGGCGACGGGAGGGUGAUGGGAGGGGGACAGGAGAGCGAUGGGCGGGGGACGGGAGGGGGAUGGGAGGUCGAACGGGAGGGGGAAGCCGAGGGCGACGGGAGGGAGAAGUGA